AGUAUAUCAGGUCUCAGCCCCGGAGUGUGACCACCCUUGGCACCAACACCCCAUUCUGGCCAGGGUUUUGCAAACCAUCUUCGUUUCCUACCCUAAUCAAUCAGUCAGAUACCGUUGCACACACCAUGGAUCUCUCUUCAGUGGAUUUGUGUACCCUUCCGGCGGCGACGUCUCCAGACGGGCACUACAACUUUGACAACCCGAGAACCCUGGGUCCUACGAUUUUAGGGGUUGGCAUAGUCCUGUGCACAAUAUCCGUCCUUAUGGUAAUUGGGCGCAUUCGCAUUAACCAGAGAAGGUUGCGGUCGGCGGAUUGUAAUGUCUCUCUACAUGAAUGGGACCAGAGGACACGAUGCUCAUAUUCCACAGAUUUCACAAUCGCCGCCUGUGCCUUCAAUAUUGGAUUCACAGGGAUUCAGCUUUCUUCAUGGCGAAUGUUUCGCCACCAAUGGAACAUACCAGUCUGCUGGUACACGACCACAUAUUUCAAGAUUCUCUUCGUCCAGGAGUGUUUCUUCUUCCCAGUAUACUUCACGUCCAAGACUGCCAUAUUCUUGCUGUAUCGGCAGCUCUUCGCAGUGAAGAAAUGGAUGAGAAUCUUGAUCAACAUUGGCAUUUUUGUCACAUUCGUUUUAUACUUUCUCAACGUACCCCUGGCAGCUGUCUAUUCCGCACCCCGUGUGGGGGAGUCUUGGGAAAUGAUCAUGACAUCUCAUGGGCCCGAGUACAUGAUCACGUGGGGUAUCGUCAUGGCUGCCAUCAGUACAUUGUUAGAUCUUUACAUCUUCUUUUUGCCCAUUCCCAAUAUCGUCAGCCUUCAGAUGCCACUUGAACGUCGGCUGCAACUGGUGGGGGUAUUCGCCACAGCAUUGCUGGGUGUGGUGGCGAGCGCGCUGUCCCUUGUCUACAGAAUUGAUUUACUUGACACCGAGGAUAAAGUGUGGCCACAAGCCAUUGUGUCAAUCUGCGCUCUUAUUGAGUCCAAUGUCGCAAUCAUCGUGGGUUGCAUGCCAGCAUUUUCCCAGAUAUGGAAGACGCAUGUGGGCGGGUCUGCCCUCUUCAAGUCGCUCCGCUCUCGGCUUCGGGGUAAAAGCAGCAUGGGCAGCAAAAAUUCAGGAGAGCAGGGCAAGAGUGGUUCUCCUGAGUUGGCUGCCUGGGCUGACAACCAGGCCCCAGAAAUGCAGAGAAAUCAUUACGAAAUGUCAGAUACGAACCUGCUCAAAUCACAGGUUACCAGUGGGCCAGGACAGUUGAGCUCAUCACAAAACGGAAUUACUCGCUCCGUGGGCAUUUCACAGCAGUGGCAGCUCAACUUCGAAAAUGACAGCAGAGAAUGUCUGGCGUAGAGGCAAACCACCUCCAAUUCAUUUGACCUGCAAAUUUGGAUUCAAUGUGUGGGGCAAGGUCCGCCAUGAUGAUGAGGGAUAGCACCAGAUCGCCUCACAUGCAUGAAGCCUGGCUGCUGGAGGCUGCAUGAUUGGCAGUGUGGACACUGCAGUAGGGGAUAGGAGAAGGGCCUAGAGAUACCUAGGUAGUUGAAGCUAGUAUCUAGAUACUUCAACAGGAAUUGAGACAGUCCGUCUGUAAGCCUGGA